AUGGCAUCUUGCGACGACGACGAUGAUUUCUCUAUCCUCCGUGACGAUAACCACCACUCUCACCAUCUUCACCAAACCUUCGCACCGCAUCACCACCAUCACCACCACCACCAUUUCUCCGCCGCAUCAGUCCAAUCAAAGCCUAUCGCCGACGAUGAUACCGAUGAUUACGGAAAUCCGUUCGAUGAUGACGCCGGUAGCGAGAAACGUAAAGAUCGAGAUCGAGAUGAGAUCGGUGACGGAACGACGUCGUACGGGUUUAACAAGAGGCCGAAACCAGCUUCUAGCGGAAACGGAAACGGUGGAGUAGGGGCAGAGUAUAGGAAGGAUCGAGAAGAGUGGAGCGAUACAGCGAUUGUUUGCUUGCUGGAAGCGUAUACUGAGAAGUUCACGCAGCUGAAUCGGGGGAAUCUGAGGGGGAGAGAUUGGGAGGAGGUAGCGUCGGUGGUGAGUGAACGCUGUGAGAAUCAAUCCAAGAGUGUGGAGCAGUGUAAGAACAAGGUUGAUAACCUGAAGAAACGGUAUAAGCUGGAAAGACACAGAAUGAACAAUGGCUGCAUCUCCGCCAGUCACUGGCCUUGGUUCAAGCAGAUGGAGAAUAUCGUCGGGAAUUCUCUACCUUCGAAGUUUGCGGAUGAGGAUAAAGCCAUUGUUCCUGCUUCCAAUUCUCCUAGGCAGUCCAAGAGAUAUGGAAUGGCAACAUCCAGCAGUGGAGGUCAAGUAAACAGCCUGAAGUCCAAAGCAUUGACAAACCUUAGAUGGCGGAGAGUUGUUCUAAAAAUUAGUGGAUCAGCACUUACCGGAUCCGAUACCUGCAAUAUUGACCCUAAGGUGGCCAUGUUAGUUUCAAGUGAAGUUGCAAUAGCUUCCCGCCUUGGUGUCGAGAUAGCAAUUGUUGUUGGAGGUCGUAAUUUCUUCUGUGGAGACGCAUGGGUAACUGCUACAGGUUUAGAAAGAUGUACUGCAUACCAAGUUGGGAUGAUGGCUACUGUGAUGAAUUCGUUACUGCUCCAAUCAACCCUCGAGAAGAUGGGAGUUCAGACUCGUGUUCAAACUUCAGUUUCAAUGCAGGAGUUUGCUGAACCAUACAAUAGGCAACGGGCAAUCAGGCAUCUUGAGAAAGGAAGAGUUGUUAUAUUUGGUGGCAUUGGUUUUGGUGCCGGCAAUCCACUUUUCUCAACUGACAUAGCUGCUGCUCUUCGGGCCUCAGAAGUUAAUGCUCAGGCAGUCCUCAAAGCUACUAACGUAGAUGGUGUAUAUGACUGCAGCUCCCGAGACACCAAUUUCACUUUUGAACACAUAUCCUUCAGAGAGCUAGUGUCUAGAGGUGUCACCUCUAUGGAUAUGUCAGCCUUGACAUUCUGUGAGGAAAAUGCCAUUCCUGUUGUAGUUUUUAAUCUAUUGGCCCCUGGGAACAUCUCAAAAGCUUUAUGUGGAGAACAAGUUGGCACACUAAUUGACCAAACUGGAGCAAUAAGCUAA